UUGAAAGGAUAAAAAUAGGUUAAGCAAAAAAAACUUCUAGAAACACAAUUUUAUUAAAAAAUAAAUCUAGAAGAAUAGAAAAGGCUGUAUAUUGCUAAGAGAUUUAAUUUUAAAAAUAUUAACAAAACAAAAGAUAAUUACACAGAAAUAGAAUUUAACUCAGCUUCAACUACAUACACUCUUCAAACAUUCCGUACAACAUUACAUAUACAAAAACCCUUUAUUUUUUUCCUCAUAAAAAUUGUAACCUCAUACAAUAAUUCUCACGUAAAAAAGUGAGAAAGAUCACACGAAGGUGUUUCCAUGGCGGCCUCGAAUGGCAGCGAAUACUUCGAAUUAGACGUUAACGACUUAGAGUCUUCUUUCCCUAAGGCUUCAAACGCCGAAACAGUUGCUAAAGACGAAGAUGACCUUAUUUGGGCUGCUAUCGAACGACUUCCUUCGUUUAAACGAUCCAAAUUUGCCCUUAUUCGUCGAGACGAUGAUGGUGAGGGUGUAGGAGCGGGAGUUUCUGCCAUUGAUGUCACUAAGCUUGAUCGAAAUCAUCGUGAAUUAGUUGUAAAGAGUGCUCUUCAAACUUCUGAACAAGAUAAUUAUAAUCUUGUUUCGGGUAUUAAAGAACGGUUUACAAGGUAUUUAAUUUGUGGUAAUAAACUUUGGAUUAUAAAUUAGCAUGCAUGAAUUGAAUUUGUUAGGCAAAUCUUGGAUAUUUUUAUUUUUAACGUGAGAUUUAUUUGAUUUCCUUGCACUUUUCUUGAUUUCUUGACGUCAUAA